ACAGAGGCCAAUCUGCGGAGCGAAUAAGGCAGGCAAAGGUACCUCAGUAUUCCUCCAUUAAAAUAUUUCCUUCGAAUCCUUCAGCUUGGCCGCACUGUUUGGGGUUGGUGAAAGACGCAAUUCAUCUGCCUCUCUUCUAUCUAUCCUUCUAGGUUUUUCCGAUUUUCCAUUUCUUCCUUCGAAUUCGAGUUUACCCCCAUCUUCCAAGUCACAAAUCCCUUCCCCCAACGCCACAAGUUCAUGCGGCUUUGUUAUAAUAUCUGUUCCUCGAAUUUUCCGCUUUGAAAAUGGAUAUUCUCGGUUGAUUUGUUUCAUUAUUCGAGUACCCUUUUGAGAGUUUUUGAGGUUUCAAAAGGAGUGGGGGUUAAUUUGUUCGUCAAGGGAUUGAUUUCUCGAUUUUGAUUUAUGGGUAGGAAGGAAAUUCGAGGUUUCGAUGAUAGAAAUGAUGGGUUCUUCACGGUUUCUGGUUUGGGAUCUCAAUGUCGUCUUCAGGAUGAAACGUUUGUACCCGGUGGCUUAUUCGCAAGCGUGGGGCAGAUGGGAGUGGGCUUCGGAAUUUCCCCAGAUUCUACCAAUCCUCGCAACAAUGGCGGCAAUAAACUUCCUUACGCCGAUUUGUACAUGAAGUAUUUAUCUUGGAUGGAAGGUUUUUGGGUUCCUGGGGCUAAUGAAGAGGAAGGGGUUGUGAAAAAGAAAAAGGUUGGGCUUAAAUUGAAAGUUAAAGUUGCGAAUCCUUCACUGAGGAGGCUGAUGAGUGGCGCUGUUGCUGGGGCAGUGUCAAGGACCUGUGUAGCGCCAUUGGAGACCAUAAGGACACAUCUAAUGGUGGGGAGUAGUGGAAAUUCUUCCACAGAAGUGUUUCAUAAUAUUAUGCAAACUGAUGGGUGGAAGGGGCUCUUUAGGGGAAAUUUUGUUAAUGUCAUUCGUGUUGCACCUAGCAAGGCCAUAGAGCUCUUUGUGUAUGACACAGUCAACAAGAAUCUGUCACCCAAACCUGGUGAGGCUCCAAAACUUCCCAUUUCUGCCUCGUUUAUCGCUGGGGCCUGUGCAGGAGUUAGCUCAACGAUGUGCACAUAUCCUCUCGAGCUACUCAAAACCCGAUUGACGAUACAGAGAGAUGUAUACAAUGGUCUAUUUGAUGCAUUCUUAAAAAUACUUAGAGAAGAAGGGCCUGCCGAACUCUACAGAGGGCUUGCUCCCAGUCUGAUUGGAGUGAUUCCAUAUUCUGCAACUAAUUAUUUUGCUUAUGACACGUUACGAAAGGCCUACCGGAAAAUUUUUAAGCAAGAGAGAAUUGGAAACAUUGAAACCCUUUUAAUUGGCUCGGCAGCUGGUGCCUUCUCGAGUAGCGUUACGUUCCCACUGGAAGUAGCGCGCAAGCAAAUGCAGGUGGGAGCUCUGAGCGGGAGACAGGUUUAUAAGAAUGUCAUCCAUGCGCUUGUGAGCAUAUUCGAGAAAGAAGGCAUGCCGGGGCUAUUCAGAGGGCUUGGUCCUAGCUGCAUGAAGUUGGUGCCUGCUGCUGGGAUUUCUUUCAUGUGCUAUGAGGCGUGCAAGAGGAUCCUUGUUGAGGACGAUGGUGAAGAGUAGGGACUCCUUUCUUUCAUGGUAUGUUACAGCAACCAAUUCAUGCUAUGAACUAGAGAGGAAAAACAGUUUUGUUUUCUGUUCUUGUUUUUUUUCCUGUUUUUUUUUUUUUGUUUUGCGUUUCGUUUUGUUUGGCUAAGAUUCAGUUCAAGGAUCCUUUUAGAAAGGCUAGUGCUGUAUCUUUUGAACUAUUUGUUUUGAUAAUCUCUUAUAUGACACUCUGUUCCAUUUGUUUGAAGUCUAAGUGACAAGCUUGUAGUUCA